UAGCAUGUGGAGCAGCAGGCGAGGAGGGAUGAGAAUGGCUGCAGUUACAUUGUAUCCGUAGUAGAGUCGGAUCCCGAGAGGAGAAGGAGGGGGAGGAGCCUUCCUCUCUUGUUUGUUUAGUGAUCGGCAGCGGGGAAGGAGAUCCGCACAUUGCAUGGACUGAUCGCUCUUCUCUCUCGCUGGUCUCGGGACUCUCGGUGACCGGAUCAGCCUUGUAUAGGAAGCCGUUGGAGAAUAGAGGGUCGGAGAGGAUGAGCCGGUCCGGCUGGCUCGCUGCUCUGUCAGCCUGUGUUCUGCUCCUCAGCUCUCCUUCUUCAGGUGGGCCCAGCGGGGUCUCCUCGCCUCCCCCCUGCCCGGUGCAAUGCCGCUGUAAUGCGGAGCGAGGAGUGGACUGUUCCGGGAAGGGACUGGUAUCGGUGCCGGAGGGGCUCAGUGUCUUCACCAACAUGCUAGAUAUCAGCAUGAACAACAUCACCAAGCUACCAGAAGGUGCCUUCAAAGGACUGCCAUAUCUAGUAGAAUUGCGACUGGCUGGUAAUGACCUCUCUUUCAUCCAUCCCAUGGCCUUGUCUGGCCUGAGAGAACUCAAAGUUCUGACCCUUCAAAAUAAUCAGCUGAAAACCGUUCCCAGUGAAGCUUUAAAGGUCCUGAGCUCUCUACAGUCUUUGCGACUAGACGCUAACCAUAUUGUCACCGUGCCAGAUGACAGCUUCGAGGGCCUUGUGCAGCUCCGACAUCUGUGGCUGGAUGACAACAGUUUAACAGAGGUCCCGGUUCGUCCCCUCAGUAACCUCCCAUCCCUUCAGGCCUUAACGCUGGCUCUGAACAAAAUCACUCACAUACCGGAUUAUGCCUUCUCCAAUCUGUCAAGCCUCGUUGUUUUACAUCUUCACAACAAUAAAAUCAAAACUCUAGGACCGCACUGCUUUGAUGGGUUGGAUAGCCUGGAAGCGCUUGACCUCAAUUAUAAUAACCUUGUGGACUUCCCUGAAGUUAUAAAGUCGUUGGGCAAUUUGAAGGAGCUAGGUUUUCACAGCAAUUCCAUUACAACAAUCCCUGAUGGAGCAUUUGAGAAGAACCCAUUGCUGAAGAGCAUCCAAUUGUACGAUAAUCCGUUGUCCUUUGUUGGGAAUUCAGCUUUUCAAAACUUAUCAGACCUCCGCUUCUUGGUUAUUCGAGGAGCAUCUGACAUCCUAUGGUUCCCAAACUUGACUGGAACAGUAAACCUGGAAAGCCUGACGUUAACAGGCACGAAGAUCAGAAGCAUUCCACUGAACCUGUGCCAGGAGCAGAAGAUGCUUCGAUCUCUAGACCUGUCCUACAGUGAAAUAACAGAUCUGAAUGGAUUGAAAGGAUGCAGUUCGUUGGAGGAAAUUUACCUGCAACACAAUCAAAUUACUGAAGUUCAAAACGAGUCUUUACAAGGCUUGACAUCGUUGCGUGUGCUAGACCUCAGCAGGAAUUCCAUCCGUUGGAUUCACAGUGACGCUUUCACAACUUUGGCUUCCAUAUCUAAACUAGAUCUGAGUUUUAAUGACCUGACAACGUUUCCAACUGGAGGACUUCAUGGCCUAGCCCAGCUAAGGCUUACGGGCAAUCCUUCCUUCAAGGAGUCACUGCCAGCAAAAGACUUUCUGAAACUCCAGUCAGUGUCUGUCCCGUAUGCUUACCAGUGCUGUGCAUUUUCUGCAUGUGACUCCUACUUGACCUCAACUAUUGAAGAUGAUGGAUCAAAGUAUCAGAAAUUACUGAUGGACCAUGAGAAAGGAACCCUUGAAGAUUAUAUGAUCACAGAGGAUGAGAAGGAUCAUGUCCAGGCUGCUGUCCACUGCAAUCCAUCCACAGGUGCUUUCAAACCUUGCGAGUACCUGCUUGGCAGCUGGAUGAUUCGGCUGACGGUGUGGUUCAUCUUCCUUUUAGCCCUCAUCUUCAACAUCAUUGUCAUUGUAACCAUGUUUGCUUCCUGCUCUUCAAUGACAUCCUCAAAAUUCUUCAUUGGUCUCCUCUCUGUCUCCAAUCUCUUCAUGGGCAUUUAUACUGGCAUUUUGACAGUACUGGACACGGUCUCUUGGGGACAUUUUGCAGAGUUUGGCAUCUGGUGGGAAACUGGCAGUGGAUGCAAAGUGGCUGGGUUCCUAGCAAUUUUCUCUUCAGAGAGUGCCAUUUUUUUCUUGACCUUGGCAGCCAUUGAACGGAGUUUGUCUGCAAAGGAUAUAAUUAAGAAGGAAAAGAGCCAGCAUUUAAAGAAAUUUCAGAUUGCAUCAAUUCUUGCUCUGUUUCUUGCCAUAGCAGCUGGAUGCUUGCCAUUAUUUCAUGUCGGAGAGUUUUCUUCCUCUCCUCUCUGCUUGCCUUUCCCGACAGGAGAAACGCCCUCCCUGGGCUUUACAGUAACCUUGGUUCUUCUUAACUCGCUGGCUUUUUUGGUCAUGGUUAUCACCUACACUAAACUAUAUUGCACGUUGGACAAGGAAGACCUCUCAGAAAGUUCAGAAUCCAGUAUGAUCAAACAUGUGGCCUGGCUGAUCUUCACCAACUGCAUCUUCUUUUGUCCUGUUGCUUUCUUCUCCUUUGCACCACUCAUCACAGCGAUUUCCAUUACUCCGGAAAUAAUGAAAUCUGUGACUUUGAUAUUUUUCCCUUUGCCAGCUUGCCUCAAUCCAGUACUGUAUGUGUUUUUCAACCCCAAGUUUAAAGAAGACUGGAAACUUUUGAAGUGGCACUUGACAAAGCGAAAUGGUUCUGUUGCAGUUGCAACCAAUGCGCAGAGAGGAUGCGUGACUCAAGAUUUUUAUUAUGACUUUGGAAUGUAUUCCCACUUACAAGGUAACUUUGCAGUUUGUGAUUACUGUGAGACUGUUCUAUUAAAGAAUCCACUUCCUUGCAAACACUUGAUAAAGUCUCACAGUUGUCCUACGUUGGCCGUUGUGCCUUGCCACCGAUCUGAAAACUACUGGUCAGACUUUGGUACUCAAUCAGCCCAUUCAGAUUGUGCAGACGAGGAAGAUUCUUUUGUAUCAGACAGUUCUGAUCAGGUCCAGGCCUGUGGCCGUGCCUGUUUUUACCAGAGUCGUGGAUUUCCCUUGGUUCGUUAUGCAUAUAAUAUACCAAGAAUGAAAGACUGAGACAAAACUUCUAAACUUAUUUCUGAAGGACUGUAGCAGUGGCCAUAGAGCCCAAAUCAUUAAGGACCCAAUAGCAAAGGGAGCACUUUUGUAAGCACAUUGCUUAGAAGAAGGGAAGUGGACAAUGGCUUCAGGACUCGGACAAAACCCUUUGAGGUCUUUGAAGCAACAUGUGCGGAGUUAAAAAAAAAAAACUCUAAUAUACACAGUAAUGCCUCUGAGGAAGUCAAAAGACUUUUCAAAAAAUAAUGUGUAAACCAAAAUUUUACCUGAAAUGUUUUUGUUUGUUCUAAUCUAUGUAAUGUUGUAUUUGUUUUCCUUUUUUAUAUUGUGUUAUGUCUGUUUUUUGAAUUUUUUUCAAUGUUUUGUAUAGUUCUCACAUACUACCAUGUAGGUAUUUGAGGGAAUGCCAUUUGAAGAAGGUCUUGUGCUUAUAAGCAUUCCACAAUGUUCUUUUGACUAAAUUGAAUGCUCAUGUGGUUUGCAGAACUUGUAUUUCAUGUGCACAGGUCUCCAUUAUAUAAUAUUUUUUUAAUGGAAACAUGUACUUGGUACAUUUUUGCAAAGUGUACCUGUAACCAAAAAUUGUUUUGAAUUUGGAUAGAGUGGGAAAGAAUUAGAACCCAUGUCAGGUUUUACUACCAUCCAGGGAUCCAUUGGUGAGAUUUUUCCUCACUUUUUUGUUCUCAAGGCAGCGUUUUACCAGUCAGGAAGUGAGAAGAUUUGCAACAGGGAAAGAGAAAAUUGAAAAUCUGACGGGUGUUUGAGCAUUCCCUUUUUAAGUAGAAAAAGGAAACAGAACUUCCAACAGAAUUAAAAUUUACUUUUUCCGUCUGGAGUUGUCCUGGAUAAUGAGUAAAGCCUAACAAGGGUUCUAAUUUUUCCCAACUGUAUAGACAUUUAAACAAUGGCUAUCAAUACACUCGCUAGCUUCCAAGUUGUCUAGGAGGCCGCACAAGGGCAAAUGUGGCCAUGGUAAUGACGGGCAGAAUGGGUACUUCAAAACUGGGCAGUUAUUUCGGUAAAUCGGUACCGAGAAAUUAAUGACUUUUAAAGCUUAUCAACCAUAUUUUUUAUCUUUAUUUUACUUGGACUAAGUGAGGAAAUGUUAUAACCUCUGUGGGGUUCCAUUGCUGUUUUAGUCCCUUCUGGGGAAAUUGCUAUAAUUCCAGUGACAGUAAUUAACCAGACUAAGUGAGAGAAAAUCUCCUCAAAUGGGACCCAGACUGCAGUUAAAACCUGGGUGUGCACCAAAAAGCAAACAUUUGAAGUCCAUUUUAAAAUUCAGAUGUGAUGAUAAAAAUCAACCAGUUUCAGGGGUACAAAUGCCCCCCUUUUAUUAUGGCUUUGUACAGUAACACUGUGUACUUUACACAAGAUCCUGGCGAGGUAAUUGGAAUGAUAACUCCAGAUAUCGGUUAAGCUAGUUAAAAUCUGACGGAGGUUCUAACAAAAAAAGUCUGGAGUUGCAUUUAAACACCAAACAAAAUUAUCGACACUUUGAAUAUUUUAAAAACUUGAUUGUCGCUAUUGUAGGUGUACAAAAGUAACUAUAGUGCUGAUAAGCAUUUCCAUCUGCCUUUGCUAUAGAGAGUAGUAUGGUGGACACUCUUCACAUGAUGCCUUGGAGUCACUAAACACCGGAGUGCUCAUAUAGGUUGAGAUGGUGCAUACCAGUUGUGAGUAGAAUCCUAAAGUGAAGCAUUAAUAAUUUAUCCAUAGCCGUGUACCUUGUGUGCGUGAUAACUCCAGAUAACUUGCUGUUGGGUCUCAUUUGAGGUGCCCUCUCAGUUUGCAAUACUGUGAUCAUAAGUGGGGUAUUCUUGGCCUUGCUGUGAAAGAGUAAAGGUGGGGCAGAGGAUGGUUUACCAGUUUGCUGCUGAAUAUGGUACUCUAUGAAGCUAGUUUGUUUUUGUCAAACUGCUCAUCCAUGUGCUCUUUUCCAAGUCUCCGCUGUAAUAGAGCAUUGCUGCUGUAGCAAAAUACAUGUUUUGUUGAAAAGCAUUUUUCAAAUGAACACCAGGUAUGGGCCAAUAGUGCGAAGAUUUAAGGUUUGAUAAUUUUAAAAUGGAUCUUUUGCAGUCAAUUAAAAAUAGGCAUUUCUGAUAAUUGAAAAUGUUUCAUCACCUAAAGGACUCUUGGGGCUCGUACACACGACCGGUUUUCUCUGCAAAAACCAGCAAGAAAACUGCUGGCAGAGCUUUCUUGCCGAGAAAAC